AUGGGAUAUAAUUCGGUAACUGCUCCAUAUCGCUUCAAGCAGGCAGACUUUCCACAGAAAUCUUCAUCUCUGAUUUUCAACACGAAUUUCUUGAGUUACCAGAAUCACAUGAACAAUUGCAGUUGCUCAGUGCGCAUCACUUCGCUGUUUUUUUCGGAUGCAGCGGAAGAACGUGAUCAGGCUGGUCCAGUUGUGGAGAUGGAACACAGUAUGGAGCAGCCUGGCGAAUUGCAGGUAACUUUUGCAUUUGAGGAAAUUAUGAAUACAUAA